AGUCUCCUUAAUACAUUGCGAGUCUCAAAGUUGCAUCUCGUGGCCAUAGUAUUUUGUAGGGUUAGGGUUUGCAGGGAAGAAGCAAUUGAGGAAGGAGGUUGGAGCAGCGAAGAUUCCGAUGGCGUGGAACGAGCCGUGGAGGGUGUUUUUGAAGAGAGAAUUCAACAGGAACUGGCCAUUCCUCGUUGGGUUCGGCAUUACCUUUGGCCUCGUCACCAAACUCUCUCUUAGCCUCACCGAGGAGGAUGCGAAAAAAUCUCCUUUCGUGCAGCGUCAUGGAAAAUGAUGAAGAACAGACCGGGCGGAUUUCACUGGAUUUUGUGUGCCUGGUUUGAUAGUUGUGUUUUCUAUUCCGUGGAAGUUGGAAUUGAAGUUUUUGAAUUAGUUCAGAAAUUUGCUUCUCUUCUUCAAUGGAUCAAAUAAAAUGGUGAUUUAAGGUCUCAUUUAUGUCAUGGUAGUCGUAAUUUCUUACAAGAAAACAAGGGCGACAAUGAUUUGACAAAUUUUGAAUUGCGUAAUAAAAUACAUUUAGUUUUUCA